AGACAAUGCUGCAGUGCGCCUUCACCCUGGCCUUUUAUGGCUUCCUGCGCUGUGGUGUGAGCUCACCUCGUUGACGUUUGGCAACGUGGCCCUGGACCAACAAUCAUUUCGUAUCACCAUCACGCUGCUGCAAUCAAAGACGGACCCGGACGGUAGGGGCACGGUAGUCCACGUGGGCGGCUGUACCGAUGUCAUCAGCUGCCCUGUUACGGCGAUGGUGCGGUACCUGACGGCAGUGUCGGCAGAGUCCCAAUCUCCUAGAGAUCAGCUGCUCGUCUACCACAAUGGCCAGCCUCUGACACGAGCGGACGUCACGAGGGAGGUGCGGACCCUCCUACCGCUUUGUGGGAUUACAGAUCCGUCCAGCUAUGCCAGCCACUCAUUCUGGAUCGGAGCAGCCACGUCUGCAGCUAUCGCAGGCGUACCAGAGCACGUGAUCCGCCAUAUGGGGCGAUGGCGCAGCGACACCGUGCUGCGCUAUAUCCGUGUUGAGCCAUCCGAGGUGCGGCUAGUACCAGAGAAGCUAGCCACAGUGAGUGACUGACCAGUAGCGCUGCACCUUGACGAAUGUCUCCUCCGGUAUACAUACCAACUCUCAGUACCGCUAUCGGUACCUAGAUUUCUUGACUGCUAGAAGCUCCUGCUAUACUCCUCGUUCAAUGCUCGCGUUAUUUCUGAGCACUGACUUAUUUGGUUGGCCCACCAGGGUAACUAGCUUGGGCACUGAACUCUCAGUAGCUGGCAGCAUUCUCUCUACUCUCCCGAAUCACUCUAUUCGGUUACUGCCCUUGGCAGGUCAGCCGCCAUUUCGGUCUCACUCCGAAUCACUCUAUUCGGUUACUGCCCUUGGCAGGUCAGCCGCCAUUUCGGUCUCAUCUCGGUCCCCGCCUCUGUCGGGUCGGCCGCCUCCAUGGUUACACACUGCCAGCUCCUUCGCCCAGUUACCCUGUGGUGCCAACCAACUACUGCUGUGUCUGUGUGUGGGUCGUGUAUGCCUCCGCGUACGGAGCAUGCGUUAAGAGCACAUUUUGAAAGGAGAGGGUGAGCCGUCCGGGCAAACUGACCGCAGGCGGCGCUCCGUAUCAGACAUAGUCCAAGAUGUCAUGCACAGGCUCAGGGACCAAGCUACGGCACGUCACUCACGGGCGACACCGUCGGGUGGCCAGACUCCCAAGAAUGAUGACCCGUAUAUGGGAACGGCGAGAGCUGAUCAUGAAGGAACGCACAAUGACCUGUUUUCGAGCACUUCUGGCAACAUUCACGUCUUCCAGGUAGAUGACACGGUUGUGUUCAAGAUGGAAAGCUUCUCCGAUCCCGAAGCAUUGCAGAAGCUCUAUGACGCUGCUGAUCAUGCUAAACGACAUCGUCUCAGCAAGCUGGUCUUUGACCUGGCAGGAAAUCCCGGCGGAUACGUGAAGCAGGUAUGUCGUACGGAGGCCGGUUCUCCUCCAUCAAAAAAAGGAAUCUACGUCAAGUAAAACGG